UUCGCGCAAUGUUUUGGUUCCAAUCGGUGACGUAAUACACCACAACAUGGUUCCCUUGUUUUGAACCUGAAAAGCGUGCCAACUCUUUCUUUCCCUCCAGUGUGCAUGGCGAUACAUGGUGGCAACUGGGUUACAUUUUGAGAAUUUAUCCAGGGGAAACGAUGGCACAAGACAUCGAAACAUGCGGUGAAUCUGGACGCAGAUUGCGCUCCAUCUGCCGGACGAUGUAUGACGAAAACGAGGACUCGUCCGAUGUAGAAGAAAUAGUCAACAUCAGAGGCUUCAGUGUGGAGGAAAAGCUCCUCUGCGACAGCUACAACGCAGACUUUGUCAAUUACAUGGAUGGUAAAGACUUCACAUAUGAAUAUGUGCAAAGGGAGGCAUUAAGAUUUCCACUUAUUUUUAAAGAAAAAAGUGGACUGGGAAUCAGAAUGCCUGACCAAGAAUUUACGGUCUCAGAAAUUAAAGGUUUAGUUGGUAGUCGUCGUUCUGUGGACGUCAUGGAUGUGAGCACUCAGAAAGGUUCUGAAAUGAGCAUGGCUCAGUUUGUCCGAUACUACGAGACACCGGAGGAUGAACGAGACAAACUCUACAAUGUCAUCAGUUUAGAGUUUAGUCACACAAAGCUGGAGAACCUCAUCAAGAGACCCUCUGUGCUGGAUCAGGUGGACUGGGUGGAUAACAUGUGGCCUCCUUCUCUGAAAAAAAGCCAAACUGAUGCCACUAAUGUCAUCGCAGAGAUGAAGUACCCAAAAGUGCAGAGGUACUGUUUGAUGAGCGUGAAAGGCUGCUACACUGACUUCCACAUAGAUUUUGGUGGGACUUCAGUUUGGUAUCAUGUUUUCAAGGGUCAAAAGGUAUUUUGGCUGGUGCCCCCCACUCUUCACAACCUGGCUUUGUAUGAGGAUUGGGUUCUGUCUGGAAAACAGACUGAUAUCUUUCUUGGUGACCGUGCUGACGGAUGUCAAAGGGUGGAGCUGAAACAGGGAUACACCUUCUUCAUUCCUUCUGGCUGGAUCCAUGCUGUCUACACUCCUAAAGACACACUGGUGUUUGGUGGAAACAUCCUUCACAGUUUUAACAUUCCCAUGCAGCUCACGAUCCACGAAAUAGAGAACAGGACUAAGGUUCACUCCAAGUUCCGUUUCCCCUUUUUUUAUGAGAUUUGUUGGUAUGUCCUGGAGCGGUACCUCCAUUGCCUGACCUCACGCUCCUACCUUUCUCCUGAAUUUCGAAAAAGGCCUCCACUUGUUGAGGAAGAGUGGAAGGACCCAACUGAUAGUCCUUCCUCUGACUCAAGAUGCCAGGAUGUAAACGAAGAUUUGGGUGAAACUCUGUUCAAGAACGUUCCUUACUCCCAAUCUGAGAGGACAGCUCAAGACUCCUGCUACCCUGAAAAUGAAAGACUCCUGAAAGCUGGUUUAUCUGUGGAUCUGGAGGACAGCUGCAACCCCUGCUCCACCUUUGUGGAUUAUUCCAAACCCUCCUCUGACUCGUCACUCUCAGACUGUCAGAAUAAAUGGACUCACUUGACAGAGUUUGAGUUAAUGGGACUGUGGGCUCUUGUUGAGAAGUUGGAAUCACUUCCUGAGAGUAAGAAAUGUGUCCCACUGGGAAUACAGAGUCCACAAGCUCUGCUGGAAGACAUGAAGGUGGUCUUAAAGGAACAUGCUGACGAUGACAUCAAGCUAGCUGUCACUGGCCUUCCGGUGGUUUACUGGCUGAAGAAAGCAAUCAAGCCAAGGCCGCCAAACCGGCCAAAACCCAAGAUGGCGGUCACUCCUGCGUCUGCGGUCAAGCUGUCGGCCAGUCGGGGCACAUCUGGCGCACGGCGGAGAAGAACACGGUGUCGGAAAUGUGAGGCAUGUCUGCGGACUGAGUGUGGAGAGUGCCACUUUUGCAAAGACAUGAAGAAGUUUGGUGGACCGGGCCGCAUGAAGCAGUCAUGCAUCAUGAGGCAGUGCAUCGCGCCGGUCCUGCCACACACUGCUGUGUGUCUGGUCUGUGGAGAAGCUGGAAAGGAGGACACAGUGGACGAUGAGGAGGAGAAGUUUAAUCUCAUGCUGAUGGAAUGUUCGAUCUGCAACGAGAUUGUUCAUCCAAACUGUCUCAUGGUAAAGGAUUCAAAUGGAGUCAUCAACGACGAGUUGCCAAACUGCUGGGAAUGUCCGAAGUGCAAUCAUGCCGGUAAAACUGGGAAAGCCUCAAAGCAAAAAAGGGGUCCAGGGUUCAAGUACGCAUCAAAUUUGCCCGGUUCUCUCCUGAAAGAACCGCGAUUGAACCGAGAUGCCAAAGAAGAAGCGGAUUCUCCGGCAGUGGCGACACUGCCGACAGUGACCUCCACGUCAGCUGUGAAGAGGAAGGCAGACAGGGAUGAAACCCCAAAGAGAAAGGAUGAGGAGCCUCUGAAGAAACGUCCGCCGCUGCUGUCUCUGGAUAGUUCCCCACGGCCCAGACUUGAGGACAACCCUCUGAGGAAGAAGAGGAAACUUUUUGAGACAAAUGAUGAACCUACACUGAAGAAAAAGAAAAAACCUCCCAAACUAGACGACCCACUGUCUCCUAAACUGCUGCGACAAAUCAAGACGGAGAACGACUGUGAUGCUGAAGACGAACAGGACGAUCUUGAGGACGACAUGUUUUCCCUGAACAGGAUUCUUCUGAAGGAGAAGAGGGCGUAUGAUGAAGACAAGGACCAGGAGGUGGACGACGAACACCAAGAGGAGGCUUUGCGCAGACACGCUAACAUGGACGACAAAGCCAAGAUCCUUUUGAACUCAUUGCUGAGGACGUCCUUCAGAGAAAACAACCAGUCGUCCAUCAACUCUACGAAAGCUGGAACGAGUGGCGAGCUGGAGAGGACACCUGAGAGGUGCGCGGGACACCUGAAGGCUCGCCACCAGCGCCGGCGCAUGUCCCACAAAGAGCCGGGGAAAGAGAUGAAGCAGGAGGCCCUGAAGUCAGAGGAGCCUGCAAAGUGUGAUCUGAGUCCCACAAACCUGCUCCGACGACAACCAAAGAAGGAAGACACCAACCAGAACCAUCGACCGCUGAAAAGCGAGGAAGCCAAUAAGUACAGAAGACCCAUAAAAACAGAGGAGAGUUUGAUCAAAGAGAAUCAGCGCUCAAUCAAACGGGAGCCAGAGGAUGAGGUGGAUGACUCAAGCGCCCGGUGGCCUCUUAACAACGGCGGCAGUGACCUUGGGGAUUGGCUGCGACACAGAGACAGGGAACUCAACGGCACGCAGCGUGGCUAUUCACCGCUGGAAUGGAGCAGGAACAACCCCAUCACGCCGGUUUGUCCCCGCCCACUUCCGUGCCGGUCACCGCCCAAGUGCAUCCAGAUGGAGCGUCACGUGAUCAGACCACCUCCUAUCAGCCCGCCCCCUGACAGACUCACCCUGGACGACGGACAGACACAUGUCAUGCGGCGUGAGAUGUGGAUGGCGGUCUUUAGCCACCUGACGCACCAAGACCUGUGCGUGUGCAUGCGUGUGUGUCGCACGUGGAACAGAUGGUGCUGCGACAAGAGACUGUGGAAGCUGAUCGACCUGAACCGCUGCAAAUCCAUCACGCCGCUCAUGCUGAGCGGGAUCAUCCGCCGACAGCCCGCCACCCUGGACCUCAGCUGGACCAACAUCUCCAAGAAACAGCUCAGCUGGCUCAUCAACAGACUUCCAGGCCUGCGAGUGCUGCUGUUGUCUGGCUGCUCUUGGGUCGCCGUUUCCGCUCUCUGCACCUGCAGCUGUCCACUGCUGAGGACUCUGGACGUCCAGUGGGUGGAGGGACUGAAAGACGCUCAAAUGAGGGACCUGCUGUCUCCACCAACGGACAGCAGACCAGGUCAGCUAGAUAACCGCAGCAAGCUCAGAAACGUGGAGGAUUUCCGACUGGCAGGUUUGGACAUCACGGACACGUCCUUGCGCCUCAUCAUCCGCUACAUGCCGUUGUUGUCCAAACUGGACCUGAGCUACUGCAACCACAUCACAGACCAGUCGGUCAACAUCCUGACGGCUGCUGGAACCACCACCAGAGACUCGCUCACCGACAUCAAUCUGUCCGUGUGCAACAGAGUGACCGACCAGUCGCUCACCUUCUUCAAGCGCUGUGGCAGCAUCUGUCACAUUGACCUGCGCUACUGUAAGCAGGUGACCAAGGAGGGCUGCGACCAGUUCAUCGCCGAAAUGUCGGUCAGUCUGCAGUUUGAACUGAUCGAAGACAAACUCCUGCAGAAGAUCAGCUAGAGACGUGUAGCUACACUGGAGUCCACCAGGGGGCGGCAGACUCCCGCUGAACGUUGAGCUACUGAGCAACUGCUGCUACAACCAGAAUGUUAAAAAAAAAAAAAAAAUCCUGAUUUAUGUGCCGCAAACGUUCCAGAUUUGUGUUGUAUUUCUACUUUUGCACUUGUUUCUAUUUUAUUUAUUUCUUUAUACCAACUGUUUCUUGGUUAUAAUGCUUUGGUGUUAGUUUACGAUUUUUGCUCCUGCUUUGAUUUGCAUAAAAAAAGUUCUAUUUUUCUAUUAGAGUGUUUUGUACAUUGACUGCACCAUGUACAGUGUGGUACUGUUGAUAAUCGAGCGGCGUCACUGUUAAGGUCUCAGAGCUCAAGAUGCUGGUUCAGUUACCCGAGAGGAAGGACUGAGGAUUUUCUUCUAUGUUGAGACAAGUGUCUCCGAUCAUUUGCACUCGUAUGGUUAUUUUAUAAUUCUGAUGUUGAAUAAUGUCAUAUUUUCAGUCUCACAGAGGAACACGUUUGUAUCCAGUUUGCUGUUCACAUAUUAUAUUGUACCGGAUUAAGAUUGGAGCCAAGAGCCAGAGUAAACUUCAGAGUUAAGUUCUUUAUGAUGGUUAAGUAAGGAAGCUGACUGUUGUCUUUGUUAGUUGUUUAAUAGUCAUUUGAUAGCUCGAAUAAAAAGAACCAAUAACUGAAAACAUUUCAAUAAGCUGCAAAACUCAAUAGUUUCAUACUGUUUACACUUUUAUCUACUUUUGUAAAAAAAAAAAAAAAGUAUGUUUUUCACUUUUUUAUGUUUAUUCUGUGUACUUUCAGUUUCAGAAAAAAAAUAAUUUAUGCAAGAUUCAUAUUGGAAUAAUUCACAAUAUCUGUUCAUCAGAAUGUUCCAGAUGUGUGUAGUUGAACAGAUUUUAUGUUGACCAUCAGCAGCCAACGUAUGUUGGUUUCUCUCUCCAGUCUUCUGGAAACAUUUCUUACUUGGAUGUUUUUCCAAGACUCUCAGAACUGUUGUGUGUACAUACUGUACAUGUUAAAGCCACUAGAACAAGUAUGAUCCAACCAUUGAGAUAUUAAAACCGUUUGAAAUUAAGCUGACUUGUGUUGACU